UGCUAUGACCUCAAUCGUUGCAGGUGCAGGAAAACAGCUCCAAAUAAUCUUCAUUGGUGACUCUGAUGUUGGGAAGACAUCAAUAUUCAAAUUAUUUGAAAAUCAUGAAGUCUUCAAGUUCAAGCCUCCUGUGGUCACAACUGAUGCUCAGACAAUAGAAAGGAACGUUGUCAUUGGACCACCACAUGAGACAGUAAAGCUCUAUAUUUAUGACACAGCUGGUCAGUGGUCAGAAAAGGUUUAAGCCUGGUUUCCUUACAACAUGGCUGCAACAAUAGUGGAGAUAGAAUCAUAAAAAUCAGGUCUAUCUCUACAACAGUUGUAUGUUAACCAUGUAUGGAGCACUGAAGCAGUGUGGAUCAAUAAAUCAAGCAAGGCUGUGGAAUUAUGGAAACCAGGCUUUAGGAGGAUCAUAGGAUGCAAUUACCAUUCAACAUGUGUCCACUCAACACAUGGGUGAGGUGGAUUCAAUAUUAACUAUUCAGAUUUAGAUUAUUAGACUCUAGAGUGUAUCUAGCUCCUGCAUGCUGCAUUGUUGUCAAAUCCACAAAAAUGUCAUUAUAGUAAGUGAGGAAUGUGGCCAUGCUGCAUGUAGCAGCUAGCCAGCCCCUCCUACAAGCAGCUAGCUUGCAGCUAUAUAUGGCUAGCUAUAUGACCUCAAACCUCGAAGGAAAAACGCUUAAGGUAAUCUUCAUUGGUGAUUCUAAUGUAGGCAAGACAUCAAUAUUCAAAUUAUAUAUGCAUCAUAAGGUCGACCUCAAGACUAUCUCCACAAUUGGUGUCGAGACAAGAGAGAAUAUCAUAUACACCAAAGAUUCAGAUGAAAAAGUGCUGCUAUACGUGCAUGACACAGCUGGUAGUGAACGAUUUAAGUCUGUAACAUGUCAGUUUUAUAAAGAGACUGACAUUGCUUGUCUUGUUUACGAUGUUACUGAUCAAGAUUCAUUCUACCACAUUGGAGAAUGGAAGAGAGAGAUAGAAAAUAAUGCAGGUGAUAGAAGAAUCCAGAUGAUUCUAAUUGCUAAUAAAUGUGAUAAGACUAACGAACAGUGGAGAAUCUCACCAUCAGAAGGCAGGGAGUAUGCUGAACAAAAUAACAUGAAGUUUAUUGAAAUGUCUGCACAUUAUAAGGAAGAUUUUGAAAAGAUUGAUGACAUUUUUAAAGAGGUUGUGGGCAAAGUGAUAGCAGAAGGAGGAGGAACCAGAACCAAUAGUAGUAGUGUAACGCUACAUCAGGGUAAUGCUACAGAUCAAGAAAGGAGUUCCUGCUUGAAGUGUUAAUUGAUUUCAAUGACUGAUGCAAGAGGAUGAGCCAAACUUUUGGUCUGCUGCUCAAGUUUUAAAAUGUUGCAUUUUAUAUUAAUAUGCAGUGUGCUUUAUGACCAUUAUUAUGAUAUAAUUUUUU